UUAAAUGGGACAGUCUAGCCUACGGAGGAUUUCCUGGUUGCGUCACGACGUCAUUACUCCUGCCGCCCAAGCCCGGGAAAGACACAAAAACAUAACAGACAACUUAACAGACGACACAGAAACAUAACGGACAGACGACAUAACAGACGACACAAAAACAUAACAGACGACAAUGAUGGAGCCAGAGGUUUUGAUUUUGUUUUUUUAAAUAUAUUUUUUGUUGGAGGAAGAGGAGAGGCGGCUCCAGCGACUCCAGCGACAGCGGCGGCUCGUUUAUCUCCGGCUGGGAGAGAGCUGUGGGGAGACGAGGCCGAUGUACUGCCGCAUAAAUAUGAACGUUCCGGUGCUCCAAAUAUUUUUUGAUGAUCAUGACACCCGACAAGAUUUCAGGCUGAGCAGAGAGUCCCUGGCGGUGCUGCUGGACCUUCUCCACCAGGAAAGACAACACGGAUGGGGUGCCACAAUAGAGACUUUGGUCUUUCUCUUCUGGCUGGCGAGUGGGACAUCAUACAGGGUGGUCUCAAGGGUGUUUGGGAUGCCUCGCUCCACUGUUCACCGCAUCGUUCAUCAAGUUACUGAGGAGGUGGUGGCCAUUCGCCACAGGGUCAUCUACCUCCCCAAGACCGCUGAUGACCUGGCGGCAGUAACUCAGGGGUUUGCAGGGCUGGCAAGACACAGAGCUUUUCUAAAAGCUGCUGGAGAAAUCGACGGCUGCCAUGUCAGGAUCAAGCCACCAAGUGGCCCUGAUGGUCAGUGCUAUAGAAAUCGAAAACUGUUUGCGUCUAUAAUCCUACAAGCAGUUUGUGACCAUCAGGGCCGCUUCAUCGACACGUACGUGGGCUGGCCGGGGUCGGUGCACAACUCCAGGGUACUCCGGCACAGCCCACUGUACAGGCGGGCCAUCUACCCUCCUCCAGGGUACUUCAUCUUGGCAGACGGUGGGUACCCGUGCCUCCAACAUCCAUUCCCCCUCAUCACUCCCUACAAGCGGCCGGUACAAGGUGUGGGAGCCCAGCGCUUCAACAGCCAUCAUUCCAGGGCACGCUCCAUCAUAGAGCGUGCCUUUGGGAUGAUGAAGACGAGGUUUAGGGCCAUCUUCCUCCAAGCGCUGGAGGUGCACCACACCUUUGUGCCUCAGGUAUGUCAUUACACAACAGAAUUAUUGUUAAAUGGUGAAUACCAGUAA